AUGAUUGGCCCGACAACAACAUACCUAGGCUCCGACUCUGCUGUCCAUCUCUCUGAGGAACUCGAAGAUGCUAGUUACGUGCUUCCUAGGGCGAUGUGCGCAUCCGCAAUCGUCAACUACGGUCUUGGCUUCGUCAUGACCAUCACCCUGAUGUUCAACCUUGGUGACUUGGAUGACGACCUCACCUCUGCGACUGGCCAACCCUGGGCGGCAGUCAUUCAAAAGAUUACGCGUUCCAAGGCUGCCACUAUCGUGCUUAUUGUUGUCAUGAUCGUCAUGAUAUUCGCCUUCGCUCGCGACAAGGGAUUGCCGUUCCAUCGCUUUUUGUCCAAGGUCCGGCCAAAUGGUGUUCCGGCCAACUCGGUAUACGUGACUUUCUCUGUCACCUGCCUUUUAGCACUCAUCAUAAUUGGCUCAACCACAGCCUUCAACAUUAUCCUCUCCGUGUCUGCGACGGGCCUGUUCACAUCCUACCUCAUCGUCAUUGGCACAAUGCUUGCGAAGCGGCUUCGUCGAGAGAGCUUUCCCGCAUCACGAUUCAACCUCGGCAUUCUCGGAUGGAUUGUCAACCUUAUAGCGAUCUGCUUCCUCCUUGUAGCAUUUCUCUUUUUGUUCUUUCCUCCAGCACCGAACCCAGGACCUGCGGCGAUGAACUGGGUUGUCCUUAUCUAUGGUAUCGCCAUAUUUUUUGCAGCUACAUAUUACUUCGUCAGGGGCAGGCGCGAGUACGAAGGUCCUGUGAUGCACGUGCGGAAGGAUGUUUGA